GGCAGGGGCUUGCAGGGACGCGGCACUACAACGGGGAGAGAAGUCAGCUGCGGUCCAGUGCCUACAAAGACUACCAUGGCCAAGGAGUGGGGCUACGCCAGCCACAACGGUCCUGACCGCUGGCAUGAACUUUAUCCCAUUGCCAAGGGAGACAACCAGUCGCCCAUCGAACUGCAUACUAAAGACAUCAGGCACGACCCUUCUCUGCUGCCAUGGUCAGCAUCUUAUGAUCCUGCCUCUUGCAAGACCAUCCUGAACAAUGGGAAGACCUGCAGGGUUGUGUUCGAUGAUACCUAUGAUAGGUCAAUGCUGAGGGGUGGUCCUCUCACUGGACCCUAUCGACUUCGCCAGUUUCAUCUUCACUGGGGCGCCGCUGAUGAUCAUGGCUCUGAGCACACCGUGGAUGGAGUCAAGUAUGCAGCAGAGCUUCAUUUGGUUCACUGGAAUCCAAAGUAUAACACUUUUGGAGAAGCUCUCAAGCAACCCGACGGGAUAGCUGUGGUUGGCAUUUUUCUGAAGAUAGGACGUGAGAAAGGCGAGUUCCAGCUGUUUCUGGAUGCACUGGACAAAAUUAAGACAAAGGGCAAGGAGGCGCCCUUCACACAUUUCGACCCGUCCUCUCUGUUCCCCACCUGCCGGGACUACUGGACCUACCACGGCUCCUUCACCACGCCGCCCUGUGAGGAGUGCAUCGUGUGGCUCCUGCUGAAGGAGCCCAUCACCGUGAGCUCCAACCAGAUGGCAAAGCUGCGGAGCCUCUUCUCCAGCGCUGAGAACGAGCCCCCAGUGCCCCUAGUGGGGAACUGGCGUCCUCCGCAGCCGAUCAAGGGCAGGGUGGUGAGAGCCUCCUUCAAAUGAGGCCGCUGGAGCUUGCCCUCUUCAGGAAAGGAAACCUGCCAUUGGAGAGCUUGGUUCCUUUUGGUGCUCCUUACUCCAAGUAUAUUUCAGCUUUCCACACCGAGCAACGAAUGCAAGGGUGCAAUAACCGAGAAACCAAAGUUACUUUUGACAAGAUGUAAUAUGAAAGCUUUUGGCCUUUGUAAUAAUCAUCUUUCCUAUAAAAGUAGCAUUGUUAGUAAGGUUUCAAAGAAGAAACAAGUGGGAGAGUAAAGAUAUAGAAAAAUGGGUAUUGGGUACCAUUUUUCUGUCUUCUUAAAUUUCACAGAACUUCAGUUUUACUAUUUUCAUAUUUUGAGCUGUCCAUCUUAAAGAAAUAAUGAGUAAUUCUAUAUGUAGGAGUAGAUGUGUAUGAAUAUCGAAGAGCAAUUAAACAUAAGCCAGAAAUUAAAAUGACUAUGCACACCAAGCAAUGAAAUGAUGCGUUUUAACCCUUAAAUAAAACCAGUAAGAGGUCCAUUAUUUAUUACAAUUCUAGCUACUGUAGAGAUUACCUGGUUUUGAUUAUCAAUGAAAGGAAAACACAUCCAACCAGGAGCUUAAGAAAUUUGAUUCUGUAUUUGAAUUUCUUCUUCAUAAAGAUAGCUAACUUUAUCCUAACAUUUUUCUUUACCUGAAGGAGGGCCAUUUAUUUUUAAUUUUACUACUUUUCUCUUUGCAUGCUUAUUAAAAUAAAAAUUGCCUCUGAUAUCUUUCUAAUUUGAGGGUAGAAUAAUAUAAUUCCUAGAACAUGAAGGAGUUAAUGACUGCACUUGAAGUAAAAGCAGUUGUAUUGAUCGUCAAAACUAAUAAAGACAUGAAUGA